AUGGUUACAGCAAUGAAUUCAAACAUAUCUUGUACAACUCUACAAAGGUGGAGAGAACGUCCUCCUUCUUCUUAUUCCAUCAAGGUCAAGAGCCUCUCCCAACUCCAAAGCUCAACUCUCCACUCUGAUGGCAAAUGCCAAUCCCGUCGCUUCUCUUCUGGUGGAUACAACUGGAGAAUGAUCAUAUACCCAGAAGGGAAUGAUAAGGACAAUGGAAGUGGGUUUAUUUCGAUGUAUGUUGAAAUAGAUAGCACAAACCUAGUUUCCACACAACCAGCUGAGGUGUAUGCAGAUAUCCGUUUUUUCGUCUUUAACAAGAACGAAAACAAAUACUUUACUAUUCAAGAACGAUAUGGGGAUUGGCGCAAGUGCUUCCGCUUGAUACCUUCAGUGACCAUAAAAAUGGAUACAUCUUUGAUGGAGAUCAUUGUGAGUUUUAUCAUUGUUGCUCCGCCUCCUACCAAAUGGGAAAUCACCUCUUUUGAGGAGAAACUUCAUCGUCCCACAUUCUCUUGGACUGUUGAGAAUUUCUCUGAGAUAAAAGAGAAUCCUUACGCAUCUGACAAUUUUUCAGUGGGAGGAAAAAAAUGGUGUCUACAGUUGUAUCCCAAGGGCUACUCUAUAGCAGAUACUGAUGGUGCAACUUUGAAAGAGGACGAGAAGAUUUACGUGAAGGCAGAUCUGAAACUUAAAGACCCACUUGGAUCCAAUCAUUUGACAGAGUCGGUUAACUGUUGGUUUGAAAACCCAACCACGGGUUAUGGUUGGGAUUACUAUGUGUCUAUAGCUGAACUUCGAAACACGUACUUGGACAAGGAAGAUAGUUUGAAAGUUGAGAUCCAAUUUGAAGUUGUUUCUGCCACCGAAUACUCUCCCUUUACCUAA